AACAUUGCAAGCUGCGCGGUAGAAGCGGGUGGUGGUGGAAAAUGUGGGGGUUAUCAUAGCAAGUUAGCGAUGUCUAAAUUUGAAAUUCACAGGGUACUCGAGGUCGAUUGUGAGUUGUAGUUAACGAAGCAUGAUAACUUUUUAAAAAAAAGCCUCCAGAUAUAAUCUGUUGUGCGAUUCCAUUCUGUAAUGUGUAGUGGGGCAUGGGAUAUGUCUAAUAGUCCAAUAGUGUAAAGUUUAUUAAGUUUCGUCUUAAGUGCCGAGAUAUUAAAGUUUUCAUAGUGAUAUUGAAGUUGAAAUCCUGCUCAUCAUGAAAGUGAACAAAGCUCCAUGUGGUGUUACUCACACAGUUACAAUUGCUAAAGGGAAUAUCACAAGUUCAGAAGGAGGGGAUAGUGUAAAAGGAGGAAUACUAAAGGGAACAAAAUAUGCAUGGCUCUGUCAGGGCCCAUUUUUGAAAAUUAUAGAUGUAUCAAGUGGAGAGAAGAUUGCUGGAUGGAGAUUUGGUGCUGCUUGUUCUGAAUUUGUUACUGAAGUGACAUGUGCUGUGGAACUUCCACAUUGUGAUGAUGCUAGUAAUUUAAAACAGAUUGUCUUAGGCCUAGAAUGCGAGGUUAUUGGUGGAAUGAUAUGCAUUUUUGAUGUACAAGGUUCUAGGUUAUUGAGAGCCAUUCGUAUUCCAGGAAAGCCUUUGUCAUUAAGUGUUGUGGAUAGUGGUAGCAGUGGUUGUGAAGGACGAUACCCUCUUCCUGGGCUGCUUAGUUCAAUGAGUGGAAUUAUUGCUGUUGGCUUACAGGGAGGAAGUGUAUUUCUUUCUGAUUUAUGCCGUGUUUCUUGUGACGAAUUAAUCAACACUUGGUUCAAUGAUGACAGAGAAGAAGUUCAUGAUGAAAUAAAUCCAUGCCAGCUUCUACUUAUUAACAAGGACGAUGAUGUCUCAGACAAGUUGGAAAAAAAAUGUGCUGCAGCUGCAGUGUCUGGAGAUCAUUUGUGUCUUCUUCUAAAUGAAUCUGCAUUUGUGCAAGACAAUUUUCUUCUUUUGGAACCUGGAGGCAAUGUAUGUGCUUGUUUUAAGGCGAGGAACAUUGGGGUUACUUCACUUCUGUAUGUUCCACGUAUUGCAAGCCUGAUUGUUGGUUACAGUUUUGGUUCUUUCCAAUUGUGGAAUCUAAUGCAUUUGUCUUUAAAUUAUACCAGUCGCUUAAUGAAAGACCCAUUGCCUGUGAUGCAUUUAGGAUUUCAAGAACCAUCUGAUGAUCCCUGUAACUUUUGCUAUUUAUGGGCUGUGCACAGUAGCACAGAUGAAUUUCCCUCUUCCAGCCCACCAGUAGGAAUCAUGUACGCUUUAUCAUAUGAAUCUAAGGAAUGGGUUGAUGGCUAUGGGUAUCUUUAUCAAGAUUAUCAGUCUUGCCAUUUUCGUUUUGAAUACAAUUUGGAAGUGGAGUCAACUGAAGAAGUUGACAGUGUGACUUGUAUUUCAUUUAAUUCUCUGAGUAAUGUUGCCUCUCAGAAAAGCAUUCAAGAAGAUGGAUGCGAUGAAGGGACUUCUGAAAAUGAUUUCAGCCUAUGUAUUUUUGUUUGGGAAACAUAUGAUUCUGAGAAUAAACCUAUUUCAACGUACCUUUCAUUAUUUGACUUGAAUCAGUGGUACAAGGAUCAGAUGCCUGUACGAGUAACAGAUUCAGAAGAUGAAAAUUUAGGAUACUUGGUGACUUUUUCUUUGAACUGUAUCAGACAAAAAGAAGUAUCACAAAUCGAAACCCCAUUGUUGGAUAUAAGAGUUGAUCCACAAAAUCUAUCCCAAUUUAAAUCCUUCCAACCUCAAGAAGAGCAUUUUCAUCCUUCAGCUCUUUCAUUUGUUUCACAUUGUUUACUGGAAGACAAAAUUGUGUCUCUAUCGCAUCCUGGAUUACAACGUUAUCUACUGCUGUAUAUGGAAAAAGAAGGUCCUAUUUGUCUACUACGUCCUCUUAAUUUGUUCAAACACUGUGUAAUGGUUGGUUUGAAACCAGUUUUGGUGGAUAUCAAUGGUUCCAGUGAUGUACCAGCUGUUACUCAAAGAGAAUUCCUAUUGUCUGUUGCACUUGAAAAUCAAAUGUUAGGUUUUCUACAUCGGUGUGCCUCAGAUUGGGCGAAUGGUUCUGUCAGUGGUGUGGAUUGUUCGUUACCCAUGCUUUUAAGCUGGGGUUAUCAACGAGCUAUGGUGUUGCAACAAACUGCAGAUAGUCUCUGUAUUCACUUGUUUGAUCAUACUGGUAUCCAAUUAGACAAAAAUGAGUGCCGCCUUCUUGAUAAUUGUGCUAGUCAAUUACGUCAGCUUGCAACUUUGUUUGAGGGUAUUCUCAACGAUUGCAGACUCCUCAAUUUAUUAAAUUUGGAAGAUUUCAAACAGAAAACAAACAAUCUGAACUUAAUUGCAUUAUAUUUUGAAGUCCUAUUAUGGUUUCUUAAUGUAGGAUUAUUGCCAGAAUUUCCAGAGGAGUUUGACAAUGAAACAUCCAAUGACAAAAUUCCAUAUCCAGCAUCAGUUCUCACAAAGUUUUAUUCAAACAGGAGAAUUGAAUUCAAAAAUUUGAAUUUAAAAAAUGACACGAAAGCUUCCCUGUACAUUGAUCAAUUACUUCAAAAUGAAAGUAAUGGUCCUGAAUUAGCUAAUUUAUGGAUAAGUGAUGGAGGUUCUGGGAUGUUUCCUCCUCCUUCUAUCCAAAGUUUAUUAGCUAUGUAUUUAUUAGAUGGAAUUGAUACACAGACCAAAAAUUCCAUAGUUAUUUAUGUUUUCUUGGAUUUGGCAACUCUUCUUGAUCCUGAUAGGUAUAGUCGAACAAUUGAGUAUUUUGUGAAAUUUCCAUGCGCUUUCUAUAUGACACCAAGUAUUAUAAAAGUUACCCAGGCAUUCUGGCUUUUGGAUCAAAAACAUUUUGAGGUAAGCAUUUAAAACUGAUGAAGGGUUUGUCUUCAGAUA